GAAUUCUUAUAACAGACAAAACAAUUAUUAGAUGUAAUAAUAAUAAUAAUCAUAAUAAUAAUUAAUUCGUUUUAUUGGCCACAAGGGCUAAUAUCAAUUAAAGACAUAUAAGGACAAAGACAGGACGAAGGAUUCAAAAGGUUUUGUCCGAAAAAGUAGGAAAGUUCGUCUAAACAGAGGAAGAAAACGGAGUGAUAAUGUUGUUGGGUGAUGAGUACGUCCUUCUCCCACAGCAUUCCCUUACAGCUGUGAAUGAGCAGGGAAGGGGACACUGGCUGCUUUAUCUAUACCACCCCCACCUCCACCACCACCUUUGCCAUGCACUGUUGAGCAACUCACAACCUCAAGUUCACGCAUGCAUCAAACAUGUAGACAAUGAUGAUGAUAGUGAUGGUGGUUGUGGUGGUGGUGGUGGUGGUGAGGAGGACGACGACAAUGAUGUUGGUCAGAGCAACAUUAUCAUUAGAUAUUUUUUUCUCUCAGCUAAAAUGCUGCUAAUAACAACAACAACAAUAAUAAUAAUAAUAUUAUUAAUAAAGAACUUUGGCAUAAUUGCAUCAAUAUCAUUAUCAACACCAUGAACACCAAGCCAAUGAGGACAGCUCUAUGUGAUUGUUUGAUCCACUAGAAAUAACAGCCAGGUCUUCCUCAAAUGAAACUCCACACACUCUAGAAAAAGGAGUGCACAUUAGAUGAUGUAGUCCUAGAUCCUCCCUCACCAAAACAAGAGAUAUAAAUAAAUAGAAUACGGGAUGGUCAUGCUUGGAAUGCUUUUCACCGUGGGUCAGUUUGAUGUUGGAGCUGACCUGGGACUAAAUAGAAAGAUUAACAAUAGCAACAAUUCUUUUUAAUUUUCAAUAAUAAUAAUAAUAAUAAUAAUAAUAAUAAUACCCAGGGGCACUAUGCAAUACCUGCAACUGGAUAUGAACCUGUGCCUCCAGAAGUGAAAAACACUAGUAACAUAAAACAAAAAAAAAAUGAUUUCAGCCUGGCAUGAAGUUCACCACACAUCACCUGUAGUGGUUAGAGGAUGUCAUGAACUUUGGUUGUUUCUCACUAACAGCCAACAGCUAGAAAUAGCAGCAAAAUCUCUUGACUCGCACUCACACUCUAAUAUCUUACACAUUAAAUAUGCAACAUCUGGAAAAAAAAAAACAAGAGGGGGUGGUCAGAGUUAGAAUGUCUUUGCUCAUAAGUCUGCUAUGUGAAAUUUGACCAAAAAUUAAACAACAACAACAAUUUGAUUUCAUGUAGUUCUAGAUAUACUUUAUCUGAAUAAAUGAGUUGGUCAUGGCUAGAAUGCCUGUAAUUACUGGAUUGCUUAAUCAGACUUGACCUGGGGUGAAACAACAAAAACAAAUGACAAUAAUAAUAAAAAUAAUAAGUUUUUUUCUAAUAUUGGCACAAUGCCACAGCUUCGGAUGUAGUGGAAGUCUAUGUUGACCCCAAAAUAUAUCUGGUACCUAUUUUGUUAACCACAGUAAGGACAGAAUAUAAAGCCAACCCCAGUGGAAUUAAUUACAGUUUAACGAUUGAGAAGAGAUGGCCAUGAAUGGAAUAUACUAACAACAAUGAGAGAUAUAGAAAGAUAUAAAAAUAAAAAGAAGAAAGAAAAAUAUUGCAAAGGAUGGUACAACAACGGCAGCAACAACAAUAAGAAGAACCAAAUAAAAUGUGUUGAAGCAUAUGGCCACCACAACUUGGACUCUUGUAUCACAAAAGAAAAACUCAAUGUUGUAAAUAAUACAAAAAUAACAAAAACAUAACCAUGAUGAUGAUGUUGAGGAGAAGGAGGGGGAGGAAGAGGAGGGAGUCACUGGUGGUGAUGGUAAGGAAGUGUUGUUGCAAGAUUAGAAAGUUUGAAAAGAAUUGAGUUAUCAUCAACACUUGAUUAACUGAAUAGAAGACAGGAUGGUUACAAGUGGAUUGUCUUUGACCAUAGACAUACUGUAUCAUAGUUGACAUGGGAACAACAAUAAUGGUCAGUACGAUCAAAUGUAUUUAUUAUGGCAGUUACCUCACAUGUAAAUUACAGUGGUGGUGGUGGUGGUGGACAGUGAAACAGUGACCCGCCCCCCAACACGUACAUUAUAUAAACAUUGCUCAUAUUUUGAGUUUGAGCAGAAUUUUAUGAUUUGAUACUGGCUUCACACACCCUUCCUACUCCUCCUCAUCAUCAUUGUUGACAUCAUUAUCAUCAUCAUCAUCAUCAUUAUGAAAUCUUAUCUAUCUUUGAUGAUGCAACAAAGAACCAUCAACUUCACCUACGACCAGACAUGCUCACAUACAUAUAUACAUUUAUGUGUAUAAGUAUAUAUAUACAUAAUGCGUAUGUAUAUGUGUGAAGAUGAAAGAGAAGCAAGCUAACACCUCUACAGAAUGCUUUUGUUCAUUGACCAAUUUUUUAGUGAUGAAGAGAAUAAAAAGAAAAGAUGUCCUUCACACAGCGGCAAUACUUUCCUUGGUUCUUCACUGCUGCCUCUGUGUAGACAUUACCUACCAUGUGGAAGAAGGGAAGGGACCUGGAGCGUAUGUGGGAGACAUCGCUACAGACUUACACUUGAUGGACAAAAUACCAUUCCAAGAUCACAAUCUUAUAACGUUCAGCCAGUUGGAACAAAGACUGUCAGACAGUUUCCGCUUGUUCAAUGUGACCAAGAAAGGUAAACUGCACACAGCACAAUCACUAGAUGCUGAGUCCCUGUGUUCAUAUAAAAUGGAAUGUUCCAAAAUAGUCAAAGUGGCAGUUCGAAAAGCUGAAACUUUUAUGAAAGUACUGAAGAUUAAAGUUGUCAUACAAGAUGUUAAUGAUAACCGACCUGAAUUUCCUGAAAAGUUUGCCAACAUCCAGUUCUCUGAAGGGGACAAGGAAGGAAUGAAGAUUUCUAUUCCAAAUGCUAUUGACAAGGAUAUUGGGGUUCAAUAUUCCAAAAUUACAUACCAACUUAAAAUGGAAGAAAAAGAACCUUUUACACUGUCAGUAAUUAAACGAAUAACAGGAACUUCUGAGUUAGGUAUAGUUCUGAUGAAAACAUUAGACCGUGAGGUCAGAGACUCUUACAAUGUACAAAUAAUUGCCAAAGAUGGAGGUUACCCUCCAAAACAAGGUGUCUUAGAUGUUCAUAUAACUGUGACAGAUGUCAAUGACAAUCCGCCUGUCUUCAGUCGAGAUAUUUUCAAUGUUUCUGUAAAGAAUACUCACCAGAGAAAUGGGGCAAUUUUAAUGUUGUCCGCAAGAGAUCUUGAUUCUGGAGAGAAUGGUAAAGUGUCAUACCAGUUUAGUUCUGAAACACCUGAAAGUGUGAAAUCUUACUUUAGACUCAAUCGAGAUACAGGUGAGAUAUUUUUACAAAAGGAUCUUAGAGCGGAACAUAAAAAGACUUAUGAAUUGUUUGUACGAGCCACAGAUGGUGGCAGUGCUCCUCUCAGUUCCAUAGCCAUGGUUUUGGUAAAUGUCAUUAACCAACACAACAUGGCACCAGAAAUAGAUGUCAACUUUGUCACUCAGAUAAAAGAGAAUACAGCAGCCAUUUCUGAAGGAAUCAAAGUCGGCAGUUACAUAGCUUAUGUCAGUAUUAUUGACAAUGAUAUUGGACAGAACGGUGAGGUGGAAUGUAGCCUACACCAUGAUAAGUUCCUUCUUUUAGAUUUAAGUUUAAAAGAAUAUAAAAUUACGUUAAAGAAAUCUGUUGACAGAGAGAAACAAGAUAGGUAUGACAUAACAAUUUCUUGCGAAGACAAAGGGUCCCCUCCUUUACAGACUCAGAGACAGUUCUCCAUUGAAGUGAUGGAUGUCAACGAUGUCCAGCCACAAUUUACAAAAGAAUCUUUUAAAUUCCUGACUUAUGAAAAUGGGAAAACAAACUUUCCCAUUGGUUUUAUAAAUGCUACUGACCCUGAUAUGGGAGCUGGAGGUCAACUGACUUUUUCUCUGCUGAGUACCAGCAAACAUGUGAUACCAUUCCAGAUAACUGAUUAUGGUUUUAUCUCAACCACUAUACCACUGGAUAGAGAACAACAGAAUGUUUAUAAGUUCCAAGUAUUUGUCAAAGACAACGGGAAUCCUUCAUUAAAUAACACAGCCAAUGUGAUUGUUGAGGUUUUAGAUGAGAAUGAUAAUGCCCCUUAUUUCACCUUCCCUAGUUCGGACCCUUUCAGCCUUGAUGUACACUAUCAUCCCCAAAGUAAAAAAGAGAUUGCUGUUUUAAGGGCUUCAGACAGGGACAGUCAUUUAAAUGCGUUCCUUCAGUAUGAAAUUCUUGGAGGAAACAACAAACAGCUCUUCACAGUAAACCCUUAUUCUGGGGCGCUGUCUUUUGCUCGAACAGUUUACCAAAAUGAUGCUGGUACUUACAAACUACAGAUCACUGUCAGAGACAGUGGCACACCGGCUCUGACAGCCAGAGUAACAUUAUCUUUAACGCUGACCGUCAGCAACAAAACAUCUCCAGCCCUGAAGAAUUUCCAGUCACAAUCUGACAACAUGAUCAACUUGACCUGGGUCAUCGUUAUUGUAACAGCAGCAGUAAUAGUGUCAGUAGCCGUAGUGGUGUCCAUCACACUGUGUGUGGUGAGGUGUAAUAACGACCGAGGUACACAGUACAUUACAGAAAUCAGCUCCGACAGAGAGAAAAGUCAUUAUACCUGCACAACUAAGAAACCUGUAGCCACAACAAGAACCCAAACAAGACAAUCAACCGAAAUGAGGAACAGAAAUACACAAUUUAUGGAAUCAAAAAGUGGUUUUUACCCUCAGUACGAGUCCCAAAGUGAAUGGACUACCUCUACUACAGAAAGAAGGCCCCCUUCAGUUUUACUGGUCUACUUGAGCAGGGCUGACCGGGGCUACCCAACUUCAACCACAACAACAACCAUCUACCACAAGCUAGACUCGGCAGCAACCUAUCCCUGCCCGUUGCUGGUAAAACCAUGGAAUACAAGUGACCAACUUUCCAAGACGUUCCAUAGUAGGUUCCUACUUCCCUUCCAUCGGUCAGUUUGACCGAAACUGACUGAGCUUACUUAACUACAAUAUCAACAACACCAACACCACCAACAACAACAACUACUACUAACACUACUACUACUACUACUACUACUACUACUACUACUACUGAAAAAAGACUCUGUCUCAACCUGACCUGGUCUGUUGGUGAUAAAAAAAUUUAAAAAACUGGACAGUUUCAGACGACACUUCAAGACAACAAAGAACUGGGUGAUAUUCAUCUAUUAAAUACCUGAACAACAACAACAACAACAACAAUUGAAACAACUACAACAACAAUAAAGGCAACAAUAACAACAACAGCAACAACACAAACAACAUCAACAACAAGCUCGUUUCUUGGUUAAUAUUUUAACAUCAUGGUUGACAUACCUUUCUCUGUUCCAACAUCACUACUAUGAAUAAAUACCAGAUAUAUAUUGGGGUUAAAUUUGAUUACCAAAAGCUGCCCACAAUAACAAAAACUGUGUGGUCUUAUACUUUUGUUACAAGUCAAUGUGUUAGAGGGAGAUUAGUGAAAAGGGGGUGGCGGAUGAUGUCUUUAAUUCUAUCUUGUCCCCCGCCCCAACAAUUAUUUCAAAAAAUAAGUAUAUGUUACGAUGGAGACACUUUGUUCAGUUAUAGGUAUGUCCUUUAUUUAUGGUCUUUAAACUCGUGCCUUUGUGGUUCCAGGUUAAGGAAACCAGGCUGUGGAUCAUUCGUACAUCGGUGUCAGUGUUGAAUAAAAAGAUGAAUUAUAUAAUUCUAGCUUGAGGUGUUAAUUGGAUCUUCACAUCAUCAAAGUUCAUAUAUAUGUAUACGUAUUUGUGUAUAUAUAUAUAUAUUUGUGUGUGUGUGCAUAUGUGCAUGCAUAUAUGUGUGUGUGUGUACAUAAAAUUUAAUUUUGUUGCUUGAAAUAGUUGGUUGACUCCUUAUCUUUUAUCUUCUGGGAUUAGUAAAAAUUCUUUAAAAACUCCAUCUUAUUUUAUUUGACUCACUAUGAAUUAUUUGAAAACAAAACCGAAAGAAAGAAAGCAAAAGAUGACAGACGGAAUUAAGAAAUGUUUAUACAAAGAAUGUAAAGUUGGACAAUUACAACCACUAAAUCUUCAAUGAUGCAAAAAUAUUUGGAUGAAUAAUGAUUCUUAAUGUACUGACAUGAAUUGGUUGACAGUGAGGGAAUCAGUUAAUUGAAUCAAUCCCAGAAUUCAAUUGAGUUCUAUUUUCUUGAACCUGGAAGGGUAGAAAGGGAAUCAGACAUGGUGGAAAUUGAUCUCAGAGUAUUGUAGUGAUGUGAUACAAUGCAAUACAAUGAUGAUAAUAAUAAGAAGAAGAAGAAGAAGAAAUGUCCUGAUGCAGAACCAGGCAAUGGCUCUCAUGACUUCUCAUCCUUAAUUGAUUUGAAGUGUUAUCCUGUACAUUUCUUGGCAUAAAAGAUGGGCUACAGCAAAUAUUCUGCUUAACCCCACAGAAUUUCUUGUCAGUUGUUUGACCCUAACCAGUAGAGUGUCCCCUAGUGGCUGAUGAUAUGUGUAUCUCUGAUCACAAGCAGAAGUAGUGGGGGGAGCAUCAUAGCCAUGUGUUGAGAAGAAUUCUUUGGGGUUUGAAUAAUUCACCUCUGGAAACAUGGGUGUUUUAUUCAACAUCCUAAAACAACCCUCCUUCAGGAAUCUUUUGAGUGAGAUGGUCUAUUCAACCUGAAGAAAAUUUUAAGAGAGCCCCCCCCCCCCCAACUGCAAAGUCAUGUGUGCUGUUUAUCUUGAUAUGAGGUCACUAUGUCACACACAUAUGGUUGUGAUGCAUGUGCCUGGUGUACCCCUUAUCAGACGGGUAGUUAUGAUGGGUACCUUGGGCUUCAUAUGUUUGUACACCAGUGUCCUUUUGAUGGCAUGCACUGCUCUCUCACUCAAUAACAAUAAUUAUAAUAUUGAUUUUAACAUUUUAUAACAAGACCACAAAUUUUGGUGGGGGUGCGAUGAUGGUAUUGUUGGUGUGUUUCCCUCAGUAUAUGACUGGUAUAUAUUUUAUUAAUCACUUGUUGGAUGAAAGGUAUUGUCAAGCCUUGAUAGAGUAUAAAAGGGAGGAACUAAUGUCAAAUUUUUAUGUGAUAUUCUAAUGACUACAUUAUAAGGUCUAAUAAGACUGGAACUUGUCUGAGUUAUGUGGCCUGCUUGCUGAAAUAACUGUUAGUCUUUUAAUUAAUAUGGUCUUUUCCUUAUUAAAUAAUUAUUUUUAAUUAGCUAAUUAAUGUUUAUUUUAUAAAUAUUUAAUACCGACUGAACCACUUGUAGGUUUAGUGUGACGGGUUUUUUUAAAUUGGGCAGAAGUGAUCCCAAAGGUUCAGGGUCAAUACCAUGUGGGAGGAAAAGAAAAAAAAGACUGCUGUUGUUGUUCCUUAUUCUGUUUCUAAUUGUAGUUAUCUGCUGACAUUUUUAAUUACAAACAUUUUUUUUUUAAAAAAAAAGAGAAAAAAAAAACAAAACAAAACAUUCCUACAACUAACUUGCUACCAAACUCUGGAUACUCUUUUAUGUCAACUGUCAUUGCCAUACUCUUGGUUUUGUUUUUUAUACCAUUUAUCUCAUGAAUGGCAACCUCAGCUCCUAUGACAUCACAUCAUUACAGCUGAUUGCUCCAUACAUACAUACAUACAUACAUACAUACAUACAUACAUACAUACAUACAUACGUAUAUAUGUCCACACACACACAAACAUACUCUAAUCUGUGGUUAACACAAAUUGUGUCUGUCAAUGGCCCCUUGUUAAAGUGGAAUCGUAAGAGUUCCUUUAGUGGUCCCUGCACAGUAACAUGGUUCUGCUUGACCAGAGCUGACCAAUGGUGAUCAGCAACAAAUCCAUCAGGGAGCUCCAAUGACAUGAUAGGAAUGGUGGCCUCGUUUCUAUCAAACAGCAGCCACAGGAAAUGGUCGUGGUUGGAAUGUCUUUGUAAAUAAGUUUAAUCAGUGCUGACCAGGGGCUAAACAACAGUAAUAGCCCCAAUUGCUGCUCUUUCACUUUUGGGUCCCAUGCAAAUAACAAACAUUUGAGUGGAAGUACGUACUCUGUAAGUUGUAUAGAAGUAUCCAAAAUUGGAGUGGAGUAUAAGUGCGCACUCCACAGUCCUAUUGUAAUAACAAACAUUGGAGUGAGUGAAGGAGGACACUCUGCAGUUGUGUACGGUUACCUCAUACUAUAUGACCAGUUAAGAACCCCAUCAUCAUCAUCAUCAUCGACAUGAUCAUCAUCAUCACUAUUGUCAUUGUCAUCACCAUUGCAAUUAUCAUCAUCAUCAUCAUAAACAACAUUAACACAGUCAUUGCAUCGUCAUUGUCAUCAUCAUCAUCAUCAUCAUCAUUGUUGUUGUUAUCAUCUUCAUUUACUUCUUUUGUUGAUUCUUCUAUUAGACCCCACAUUUGUAAAUGUGUCUUGCCAUUUGGCGUUCACCUUUGACCUGGUUCAAAAGUGCAUCAUUGUUGCUGGUAUUUUCUGUUGGUGCAUCUGAUGCACUCUUUCUGUUUGUCCCGUUGCACCUUCUGCAUAACCAAUUCCAUCAGCGUUCAGAAGUUCUCCUUGUCUUCCAACCCUGAAUCCCAAAGUGGUUGUGUCCCCUACAACAAUGAACUGAACCUAGCUAGAAAUGCUGCCCCCAUAGUCACCCCCCUGCAUUAUAUUCUGAACCUCCAUGUGGUUGUAUUCAGUAUUAGGAUGAAGAAAAAGGGGCAAUUAAUUGUCCCUCUAUUAAAUUCCAUACUGACUUUUGUUGACCUUUGUCCUCCUGGUUUUAACUGUUUCCCAUCCAACCCACCCUUUAAUGUAUUCUUGUUGUUUUACAUUGUUAAAGGACCAAGUCAAAGGUCACUUCUAUGCUGAAUGUUUUCAAUUCCCUAAUUUCUAUAAAUGUUGUUCCACCAAAUAUAUAUUUCCAUUGACGUACAGUAAUAUAACCGACAUUCUGUGAUAUUGAACCCACUUCUGCCGUCCACUAUUAUUUUCCCACUUUAAAUACCUUUAUUGUUUAAUCUUGUGAUUUGGGUCCAGUAUUUACCCCAUCCCACCCCUACCAGUUGGUACCUGCUUUGUACUAAUCAGUUCUACAAACACCUUCUGGAACAAGCUGUUAUUAUUAUUAUUAUUAUUAUUAUUAUUUGGUUUAGAUAGAAAAGGCAGGAACUGCCCGAGAGCAUAUGUAUGGCCUCAGAGCAUGAUGGGCAAGGGUGGAUAGGAACCUUACCCAAAUGCUGGCACACACUCUGCUAGAAGGCCACUAGUGGUAUUAAACCACCCAAGAAAAGGAAUAAUUCUCUUGGUUGGCUUCUACACAGUUUUCGCUGACCAAAUUCCACACAAGAUUUUGGUUGGUGCAAAGCUAUGAAAGAAGAUACUUGUUUAAGGUGCCCCUCAGUGGGACUGAACUUAAAACCCCAUUGUUAUGAUGUGAAACUUCUUCACCAGUGAAAGGAAUAUCAUCGUAUGUCAGUCAAACUGUCUUCGUACUUUCAUUGUUUCUUGUUAUCAUUAAAGUUGAUCAAUCAUUAAUCACAUCACUCAUUAUUUUCCAUUAUCUCCCUGCCUAAUUAAUACACAUUGUUGUGAAACUCCUCAUAGUAACACUCUCACAUUCACCAUUUCCCCUUGCUCCACCAAUGUUCUUCCAGAGAAAUGACUCCCGUAGUCCCACUCUGCCCCUGGCAUAGUGUUUAGUCCCCCAACUACCCCAUAAUAUAUAACAUUAGCAAACAGCAUCAUCAUUCCCAUCUCCUUCCAGUUUCUGACCCCUUAGCCAUGUGCUGCUCCUCAUCCUUACCAACACUCAGCUGAAAUGUAUCAAAUAUUUAUCUCCAAGAUGUUAGAUUUAGUCCCUUCUUACCUAAUUCCUUCCAAUUUCUAUUCCUUGUUCUGAAACUACCUCCUUUGUCGUCCACUAGGUGUGGCUGCUGUAGCCUGUUCCAGCCAAUAGUCAAUGCUUUGUCACUGUUUGUCCCCUAGAAAUAUCAAGUUGUCCCUCACAUAACACAACUUUAUUUCUUUGCUAUUUAUUCCUUAGUAUAUAGAAUGGCUUGGCUGAAAUUGUUAGAACAUCAAAUAAAGUGCCCUGUGGUAUUUUGUUUUGGCCCUUUAUGUUCCAAGUUCAAAUCCUGCUGAGGUCUAUUUGGAUAUUCCUCCUUCCCAGCAGCUUGAUUUAUAAAAUACCAGUCAUGUAAUGAUCUUCGUUUAAUCCACCCUCCCCAUUAAAAUGUCAAGCCUUGUGCCUAUGGUAGAAAUCAGUAUGUAAUAUACAUGUUAUCACACUCAGAAAUAUCUAUUACAAAUGUUAUCAAACUCAAAAGUAUCUAAUAUCUUCUGGACCACAUUUUUUUUUCUACAGCAGAACAAAGACUGAAACCCAGAUUGAGAAACAGUCACACAAACCCCUCCCUUGUCUUGACAGAAAAAUAACUGAAAUAAAAUCUUUAAUGUCACUACCAA